ACUUUAUUUAUUUAUGUACAGAAUAUUUAUAAAUGAAACAUGAAUUUGGUAAUCGUUUUUGCGUUAAUGUUAAUCGCUUCAAAAGGGGAAUGUUUUAACUCUGGAAUAAAUCCCCUUGUUUUCUCGAACACGAUUUUUAACCUCACAGAGAAUGCACUGAAGCAAAGCCAAAUGCAGGCGUACCUCGACACAUUGACUUAUACCAAUCAGCCACUACAAGAAUCAAGUCUACUUGACGCAAUAGCGAGCGAUUUCAGUCGAAAAUUUCUAGAGCGGAAAGCGGUCGUUCGACGGCUUCGCGAUGCUGUUGUGACGUCAUACACGGGAACGACGUCAUCAAACACCGAAUGCUGCAUGCUGACCAAUAGUGAAUUGGAGUUUGACCCUUCGUUUAAACAAAAGGUUAACUCUGGUCAAGUUUGUGAGCGCAAAUCUUCCAAUUCCCCCCUCAAUCCAACUAAAUUACAAAAUGGUUUCAAAAACGCUUGCAUUCAAAACUAUCAGAACCUUCCCUCACUUAAGUGGCAAUACUUUGGUAGUGAACAAGGUGUUACAACGCUGUUCCCGUCUUUGCGUGCCACUAACUGUGGCUCAUUUGAUAACCGAUUCAGACCGUGGUAUGUACAAGCAAAUGUACCAAAGCCUAAACAAGUCGUUAUCGUUAUUGACAAAAGUGGUUCAAUGGGUGUAACGAACAUGAACUUAGCAAAAGAAGCUGCUAAAAGUGUUGUCAACACCCUUAACCCACAAGAUAGAUUUGCAGUUAUGGCAUUUUCGAGUAUUUUUGUGCCUUUUCGAUCAACUGUCGCCAGUGAUCAAUGUUUUGCAACAACAUUUGCUGAUGCUUCACCUCAAAACAAGAAAAAAGUUGAAGAUUUUGUGGAUACUAUUUCAAGUGGAGGUGGCACCAAUUAUGCACCAGCUCUGCAAAAGGCAUUUUCUUUCUUUCAACAAGAACCGUCAGUUUCAGAUCCUUCUGAAAUAGAUCGGGUAAUCCUCUUUAUGUCCGAUGGCAUCCCCAAUGAUCCUGGGUCGACAAUCUUGUCUGCUCAAAUAAGAGCGAAUGAACAGCUCAACAAUUCAGUUAUUAUUCUGACGUAUGGUCUAGGAAAUGCUGGUUAGUGCUGGUUUGUCAAU